AUGAUUUUGACAACAGUUAGAUUAAGUUGUAGACCAGUUGUCAUUCCUCGUCUCUUCAAUCGUUCAUUUAGUCAAUCUUUUACGACUUUGAAGAAAAAAAGUUCUACCCCUGCUGAAAAAGUCGAAGAAGAUGAAGUUGACGUAAAUGAACUGCUGAAAAAAGCAGAAGCACAAUUUAAAAGAACUUUAGAAACACAGAAACAGAAACUAAAUGAAAUAAAACAGGGAAAUUUUAAUCCCAAGGUAUUCAAUAGUUUAGUAUUCAAAAAUAACAGAAAAUUCACAGAUAUUGCUACCACAUCCUUGAAAGGUAAAAAUGCACUUUUAAUAACAGUCUUCGAUCCCAAAGAUGUGAAAACUGUAGUCAGUGGGGUACUUGCUGCGAACCUAAAUUUAACUCCUGAAAGAGUCCCAAAUAACGAUUUGCAAUUGAAAGUUUCACUACCACCACCAACUACAGAAUCCCGGUUAAAAGUAGCUAAAGAUUUAAAGAGAGUUUUUGAAGAAUAUAAGCAAUCGUCAUUAAAAGACUCAUUAGGAACUAUCAGGGGUGGUAUUUUAAAGGAAUUCAAAAGCUUUAAAAAGGAUGAUGCCGUUAGAAAAGCUGAGCGGGAUUUGGAAAAACUACAUAAAGAUUACGUGAACAAGCUACAUGACCAAUUCCAGCAAGUGGAGAAAAGUGUUGUAAAAUGA